AUGGCCUCCCGCGCGCCGCCCUCAAGCUUCGACUCAGAGUCGUCGAGCGACGAGUCCUCGCUCUCCUCCGGCGACGAGAGCUCCGACGACGAGGAGGACGUCGCGCCCAAGCCCAUCGAGGCCGCCGCGGCCGACGAGCCCGCGGCCAAGCCGGCCGACGAGCCCGCGGCCGCGCCGAAGCCCGCGCCGACGGUCGCCGCGUCGCCGCCGCGCAAGCAGCGCAAGGUCGACCCGGAGAAGCUCACGCUCUACCUCCUCGCCGCCGGGUGGACGAAGGUCUCGAUCAAUCAUCAGAGCAAUUGGCUCGACACGUUUGGCGUCGCCUACUCGAGCUCCCGCGCGAUCCUCACGGCGUACCCCGAGCUCUACGACCACUGCGCGUAG